AUGCGAAGUCUCAUCACACAAUUAAAGCUGCAUCUCCCCCAUAUUUUUGCUGGAGAUAAAUCCGCCAGAGCUACUCAUGCGAAGAAGAUCAAGCAUAUGCUUGGUCUCAUGAAUGGAGAGCUGCAAGGUCUCCCUGAUUUGACUGAAGAUGUCAAUUUUCUUGAGCUAUCCGAGACGAACACUGGCAAAGCUUUACCAGACACCCAAAGCGGGAUCAUGGAGGAUCUCACCAUGGGAGAACAACGUGAGAAUCUCUGGACUACAGCCAAUGAAGAUCUGGUGGAUCAAACCAUCGAGGACAACGCAAAGAAUGGAAUCAAGGACAAGGCCGAUGACGAAGUGAAAAAGGAGAUCCAGGGUGGCAUCAAGGAUGAGGUCAAAAAAGAGGAUUUUCUGGAUUCGGUCAUCAAGAACGAGAUCAAGAACGAAGUCGAGGACGAAAUCAAGGAUAAGGUCAAUGGUGAUGCCAAGGAUGAGGCCAAGGAUGAGGAUAUUUUAGGUUGGGCCUUCAAGAACGAGGUCAAGGAUGAUGCCAAGCAUGAAAUCAAGGACGAGGAUCUGCUGGUUCCGGUCGAGGGUGAAAUUAAGAAGGAGAUUAAGAACGAAAAUGAGUAA